CAUUAACCAACUGAAUUUUGGACAUAAAAAGGUCUAUCAUGUGCUCAGGUGUAGUCAUUCAGUUUUGUUUUAAGUUAAAAUGACAACUUCCCGCAAACACCAUCACAGAGCUACUUUAAGAAAGGUAAAAAUUGUUAAACAAUCUUCAUGGAGACAAAGAAUGCGUUUGGCACUCCGAGACACUUUUUUUGAGUACACCAAAGUGACCAGAGUCAAUGGUAUCUGGAUGUUGAGAAAAAAUCGAACUAAAGGCCUCAUGCGAUUUAUGUGGUCUGGAUUGCUGUUGGGACUUCUUUGCCUUGGAACCUAUUUGUCAUUCCAGUUAUGGCUCAAAUUCUAUUCUUAUCCUAUAUUGAAUACAAUUGGAACAGAUUUAUCUAUUACUGAUGUUGCAUUCCCAGGUAUAACUGUAUGCAGCCCUAAAGUUGUUAACUUUGAAAAAGUUCAACAAUAUGUUAGAAAAUUGAUUCUUCCAGAUAAUAUAGAAGUGCAAGAUGUAUUGGCAGGAUUUGAUUUUCUUAAUGCAUUCACUGACCAAAACUGGAUACCAAACAAUGCAAGCUUUGCGGCAACAGACAGUGUUCUUGCUUUCAACAACAUUUCGAUUUAUGAAGCUGCAUUAGAAGUUAGUGCUGGAUGCGAGGAUUUCUUCCAACACUGCUUUUGGGGAGGCAAAGAAUUUCCAUGCAAACAAGAACAUGACUAUCUCUCUUUUGUUCCCUCGACUUCUUACCUUGGACCUUGCUGUUCAUUCAACUACAAUCCAAGAAAUGAGUCAUAUGUGCCUUUCGCAGCAAACAUAUUCGGUAUGGAUGGAGGAUUAAGUUUUAUCGGCAAAGAAGGCUCCGAAACAAAUCUUUCAACAGGAUUAAUUGUUCUUGUUCAUCAUCCGAUGGAUUAUACAACAGAAACUGCAGCUUCAGUAACAAUUAAUUCGAAAUACGAGUCUUUUGUUGAAAUAAUGCCUACUUAUCAAAGUUCAUCACUUGAAGUGCUGGAAUUAACUAAAACCAAACGCGAUUGUCUCACAUCGUCUGAUGUGUCCCUUAAAACAUAUCGCCAGGCUGCUUGUUUAGUUGCAUGUCAAGUUGAAGAGAUUUUAAAGACAUGCGGAUGUCAUUCGUACCAUUUACCAACUGCACAUACCGAAACCCAUAAUGAAUGCAAGCUUAAGGAUGCUGCUUGUUAUGCGGCUAAUUUUGAUAAUUUUAAAAGCCUUAAAUGUGAACAUUGCCUUCCGAACUGUUUUGAUGUAACUUAUAAAACCUCAGCCUACAACACAGAUCUUCGUCAGCAUAAUUUUUCUAUAAGUAGUCUAUACCGAAAUGAUGAAGUGAGUGAGGGAAGUUUUAUUGGACGAGUUUACAUGGCUAAACAAGCUGUACCAUCGGUUCGAAAGGUUACCGUGAUGUCCUGGAUUAGUCUCUUAUCUGAUUUAGGAGGUGUUUUUAAUCUCUGUCUUGGACUUAGCAUCAUAUCACUUGUGGAAUUUCUCUACUUUUUCACUUAUGUUUUCUAUAAAAACUAUAGAUUACAUGGUGUUCUAAUGAAAAACUGAACAAAAAAGGAAUUGUUUUUGAAAAAAUAAAAUUUAAUAAUUAUUUCUA